AGAAUGAAACCAAAAUCUGGCUUGGGUUGAAAUUGCUCCCUCCAAAUUGGAUUGAUUUUUGCCCCUAUUUAUUUAAAAAAAAAAGUAAAUUGCAAGCUAUUUAAAAAGGGUUUUAGUGUUCUUCCAUUGUUUCCAUUCAAAGAGCUUUGUUUGUUAGAGUAUUGCUGAAGAUUCAGACAAAAGCCUGGUCGUUUCAGAUAUCAUCAUAGUACUGUUGGUCGCUUUGAGAUAAGAGCUGUGGAUUCUACUUCUUGUCUGCUUCUUCUUUUGUCAGAUUUGUGAACUCGUUCCUCCUACUUAAAAUCAUUUCAGAAUCAGAGGAUCUCAUGUUCCAAUUUGAUAGAACUAUUUUUUUUUAAAAAAAAACAGAAAACAUGUUCCAAAAGAGAGAUCUGCGGUCCAAAACGGACACUCGGUUACAUUUCCAAGGCGGUGUUAUCGAAUCUGAGAUCAAUUUGGGCUGACUGGAACUGGGAUAAAAGGGUUUUCCUCCAAAGGGAUCUAACAGAAAAUUGUCCACAAGGAGACUCUAGGGUUUGGAGCUCUGUCUCUCCUGAUCUGAACAGAAAUGAGUGCCGUUGCUACACUGCCCGUAUCCCGAGAGUCGUCGAAUUACGACGAGGUCUCCAUGCAGCAGAGCUUGCUCUUCUCUGACAGUCUCAAGGAUCUGAAGAAUUUGAAGGCGCAGUUAUACUCAGCAGCUGAGUACUUUGAAUUGUCCUACACGAACGAUGAACAAAAACAGAUUGUUGUGGAGACACUGAAAGAUUAUGCCAUAAAGGCUCUGGUCAAUACAGUUGAUCAUCUGGGCUCUGUUACAUAUAAAGUCAGCGACUUUCUUGAUGAAAAGGUUGAUGAAGUGUCAGGGACCGCAUUGCGUGUAUCUUGCAUCGAACAGAGGCUACGUAAAAGCCAGGAGUUCAUGGAUCACGAAGGCCGUUCACAGCAGUCGCUUAUGAUCAACGCUCCAAAGUUCCAUAAGCGAUACAUAUUGCCCGCGGGCGAAAUGGUGACCGGUGACAGCCUUUCGAAGCUUAAGUAUGCCGGAUGCAGUUUGGACGAUGAAGAUGACUGGAACCAACUUCGGAAUGCUGUCCGUGCUACGAUUCAGGAGACGUCUCCGCCUCCGCCUCCACCUCCUGUUAGCGGAAAACCAACAUCUCAGACUCCAUCUCCUCGUCAACCUCAACGAUCAGCAACGUUUUCCUUCACUUCCACCGUGCCAAAGACACAACAAGAUAAGAACCGGACGGUUUCACCACAUCGGUUUCCACUUCUAAGAUCAGGAUCAGUUGCUAUCCGUACAUCGUCCAUUAGCCGCCCAACGACCCCGAGCAAGAGCAGAUCGAUAACUCCGAAACGGUAUCCAUCGGAACCAAGAAGAUCAGCUUCGGUUCGGAUAACGUUCGAGAAAGAACACAAGAAAGAAACAGAACAGCAACCAAGCAAGGGCAAAAGACUCCUCAAGGCUUUGCUUAGCCGACGCAAAACCAAGAAGGACGACAUGUUAUACAAUUACUUGGACGAGUACUAAUUAGAAAACCCGGUUUGUUUUUGAACUGGUUAACCACCGGUAUGCAGAACCGGGAAAAUUUCUUCU